AUGACCGAAGAAAAGAGGUCGCCUAGGCGAAGACACAUCCUCUCGUCUAUCAACCCCGAAAGCGACGAUCCUACGCCUCAUCGCAUGCGACCAAGGUGGCACUCGCGCUCGCCAACCUCAACACACACGGAGCGAGACAGCGACAGGCGGAAAGAGGAUGGCGACGAUGGCGACACAAACGAUCCUGAAGACACAACAAAACCUCGGCGAUCGAAACUCAAGUUGAAAGACCACAAGUCUUCCCGUCGGCGCAAACGCUCGCGCUCGCCACGGGACGAGUCGUCUGGUGGCUCACAUCGCAGCCGUCAUCACCGCUCUCAUCGGCAUCGCCCGCGACUUCAUCGGACGCCCAGUCCCAAUCCCUACGAGCCUCCUCCGCUGUCACCAAAUGCCGCCUUUCGCGAAUCACUCUUCGAUGCGUUGGCCGACGAGGAAGGAGCGGACUACUGGGAGGCUGUUUACGGCCAGCCCGUUCACGUAUACCCACCCGAGGAGAAGGAGAAUCCGCAAGGCGAGCUGGAGCGCAUGUCGGAGGAGGAGUACGCGACCUAUGUGCGUCAGCGCAUGUGGGAGAAGACGCACGCCGGACUACUAGAGGAGCGCGAGAAACGCAAAGAGGCGCAGAAGAGGAAGGAAGAAGAGAAAGCUAGGCACAAAAAGUGGGAGAAGGAUGUCGAAGAGAGUCUCAAACGAGGCGAGGAGAGGCGUGAGAGGAGACGUUGGCACGACAAGUGGGAAGCCUAUGAGGAGGCAUGGAACAAUUGGGACGGCACGCCGUCGACCCUCGCCUGGCCGACGGAAUCUGGGAACGGGACAGAUGUGGAAGAGAAAGCCGUCCGGGCCUUCUUCAUCCAUGGCCUCAAGCUGAAAGAAGUGGGGGAAACGGCUUUUGCAGCGCGGUUGAGGGAGGAGCGCGUCCGUUGGCAUCCGGACAAGAUUCAGCAGCGGACGGGUGGGCAAGCCGAUGAGACGACGAUGCGCAAUGUCACAGCCACAUUCCAGAUUAUAGACCGGUUGUGGGGAGAGACGAGAGCAAAGCAAUGA